UUCUCAAAGAUAUAUAUAUAUGAGAUAGUGUCUUCUUUCUUUUUCAAAUUGAUCUCAAUUCCGAUUCAAUUCAGUCGAACUUUUAUAAAUUCAAUCCCAAUCAGAUUUCUAUCUUUAGACUGGUUCUUUAGUUCAACCCUAUUUAUUUAUUCAUAUAAUAAUUUAAUUUCUUAUAAUAGAUUUUAUAACUACUAAUAAUAUUUAAUAUUAAUAAUUCUCAUCAUUAAUAAUGUCUACUCCAUCUAUUCCUCAAUUCACCAUUGGUGAUUAUGCUUCUUUUGCCUUAGCUGGUGCCAUGGGUUGUGGUGUCACUCACGGUGCUAUGACUCCAAUUGAUGUUGUUAAAACUAGAAUUCAAUUAGAACCAACUGUUUAUAACAAAGGUAUGAUUGGUUCUUUCAGACAAGUUAUCUCUGCCGAAGGUGCUGGUGCUUUAUUAACUGGUUUAGGUCCAACUGUUUUAGGUUAUUCUUUACAAGGUGCCUUCAAAUUCGGUGGUUACGAAUUAUUUAAAAAGACUUUCAUUGAACAAUUAGGUUAUGAUACUGCUAAGAGUUAUAAGAAUGGUGUUUACAUUGGUUCUGCUGCUUUAGCUGAAUUCUUUGCUGAUAUUGCUUUAUGUCCAUUAGAAGCUACUAGAAUUAGAUUAGUUUCUCAACCAACUUUUGCCAACGGUUUAAUCGGAGGUUUCUCAAGAAUCUUAAAAGAAGAAGGUGUUGGAUCUUUCUACAAUGGUUUCACUCCAAUUUUAUUCAAACAAAUUCCUUAUAAUAUUGCUAAGUUCUUAGUUUACGAAAGAGCUGCUGAAGCCAUUUACGGUGCUAUCCCAACUCCAAAAUCUGAAUUAUCCUCUACUGCUGCUACUGGUGUUAACUUAGGUGCUGGUAUCAUUGCUGGUUGUGCUGCUGCUAUUGUUUCUCAACCUGCUGAUACUUUAUUAUCUAAGGUUAACAAGACUAAGAAGGCUCCAGGUCAAUCUACUGUUGGUUUAUUAAUUCAAUUAGCUAAACAAUUAGGUGUUACUGGUUCUUUUGCUGGUUUACCAACAAGAUUGGUUAUGGUUGGUACUUUAACCUCCUUACAAUUCACCAUUUACGGUUCUUUAAAGAAAACCUUAAACUGUCCACCAGCCGUUGAUUUAUAGACUAAUUAAUGUUAAUUAAUUAAUUCUUAGUUUUAAUCAUAUAAAAAUGUUAAUUGUUAUAUAUUCAUCAUUACGUUCAUAUCAUCACAACUUACACCCAUCUCUGCCUUUAGUGUUUUGUAUUAUUUAGUGUGUUACUAAGUAGUACAUAUUCAUGUUUAUAAAAUGUUUAAAUAGUCAUCAAUAGAUCGAAUAUAAUUAGUAUAAUUACCGUAAUUCAUCUAAUUCGGCUA